ACUCCUGUGAGGGGUUUUGGCAAAUUCUGUAACACAGAAGGAGCAGUGUCUGCCAAAGGUGAAAGUUCAAGGUGAGGUUAUCUGGCACACUGGGGCACUCAGUGAAAACCACACUGAGUAAACUCAUUUUUACGACUCUCCAGGACCAUAAAAGGAUUUCAAGAAAGAGGUGGAGCCAUGCAAAUUAUUGCUAGGAAAUGUGCAGUUUCUGUACUAGGUGAGGGACACAUUAUAACGAAUAUUUGCAAUUGUGGUGGAUAAAGACCCUGUGGCAAAGUCCCUGUGACCUGCAGGACCAGGACAGAUCCACUUGUCCACACCGGUCCCUGUGGCCUCUCCCUGCCAUGGCCAUCCAGGCACAGACCCUGGCACUGCUGGCAAUGGCCGUGGCCACCACGGGCAUCGAGGUGGUGCCCCUGGACAUGGCCCAGGACUCCUUCGAUGACCAGUACCAGGGCUGCGGCCCUGCCAUGACUGAGGCGUUGCCAGCCCUCAACCGCUCCGAGUUUGAGCAGAACCCUCUCUUUGCCAAGGCCUGGACUAAUGCCACAGCUGAGUGGCAGAGUCGGGGGUCCCCUGUGUCCUCUCUGUCAUCCCCAGCCCAGGCCAUCGCCCUCAUGGCCUUCACGAUGGAUGACCUGUACAGAGAGUUCAACCGAGCUGUGCGCACGGCCGGGCGCUCCAGGCAGGAAUACCGGGACAACUUCCACUUCAAAACUCUGCAUUUCCUGCUGACCCAGGCCCUGGCGACACUGAGGGUCACUCAAGGACCAGAGUGUCACAACGUGUACUGGAGAGUGAGCAGGUACCAGUUCAAGGCACAGCCCGGUGACAUCAUCCGGUUCGGUCGAUUCAUGUCGGUGUCAGAGAAUGAAACAACUGACAAGAUAUUUGGGAAUGGCACGGUGUUCCAGGUGCAUACGUGCCACGGGGUGGGAAUCCAGCAAUUCUCCAAGUUUCCUAACAAGACGAAAGUGCUGAUCUCACCCUUUGAGACCUUCGAGGUCAUCGAAGUCAGCCAGGAAGUAGACAGGACGAGGAUCCACCUCCGCACCAAUGAGAACUUCAGCAAAUACAACUGCGAGUGGCUGGAAGUUGACAUCACAGGUGGCAGCGCCCCCAGGACUCCCUUCCACUUUGGAGGACUCGUCCUGGCCACCACAGCCCUGGCAGUGGCCACUGGGAUCCUCUGA